CGCCCAAUUUUUUCUUUCCACAGAAACCACAAUCCCUCGUUUACAGGGCGCGCAUUACCAUGAAGCGUGAUCUCAAACCGUCCAUUUCUACUGAUAGUAACUGUCGGAAGAGAAUAAAAGUUGGAGACCUUGAUUGUGCUAGACCUUUGACAUGCAGAAGAGAUACUUCUCCCGUAUCCUUGAAAGGACAUGUUACAUGCCCAAAUAAUGCAAAAACUUCUGAGUUUGCAUUUUUUAAGAAGUUCAAGGAAGAUGCAAACCGUAGAUUCAGUUCAUCUCUUCAACGUCAAAAGGAACUUCAACCAAAGAAGUUCAACUCGACUGAUCAUUUCAGAGCAGAGAGAGCAAGGCAUGUUGAAAAUCGCCGUGAAGACUUCACAUCACAUCCUUUUGUUGAGAAUGUUACUCCUAUUAACUUUAACUCGAUGCAUUUACCCCUGGGUAAUUCAUCCAAAAUUUCAGAGGUAGAUGUGAAGCACGCUCAUAAAACAUUUAAGGAUAUACAGAGCAAACAGAGAAACGUGGAAAAUGAUGAUAUUUUUAGUAGGAAGAGGCAGAAAUUACGUCAGUUCAUUCAGAAUAUGUCGUUCCAUGGAACUGGUGAAUCAUAUGAGAAGAGGUCAGAGUCAUCUUUGUUCUAUCUGUUGUCCCGUCGUCUUUCUGGAUCCGACUAUGGAGUUUUUUGGAACUUGUCCAGGUAUGGUGUUAUUUCCACUCUACUUAGUCGGCUUAUACCUGAAAGCAAUCAGUAUAAGAAUGAACCUGAUUCUCGACAGUUUAAUAAUAACUUGGAAAAACUACAAUGGUUGCCUGGAAGGUGCUGGCCAAGGCUUGAUUAUGAGCAUCGUUUGAAUAAUAGUUCAUCGCCUUGUCGUUUGAAUAAAUCAAGAGGCAGAGUUCUUUUCCACUCUGAUUUCUCAACCAAUAACGAUGAUGACAACUUCCACGUUAAGUACAGGACCAAGGAGUUUGACAGUGAUGUAGAAGGGAAAAUGACUUUGCUUGAUGCCAAUAGUUCACCUAGUACUGCUGCAGUUGAAAACUAUAGACCACUUAUCUCCACCCUUUUCAACCAGCAAUACGGUUUCUAUGAUCAAGGUGAACCUUUGCACAUAAGGAAGCAAGAGAUGGAACCUCUUCUGCUGGGUUGGGAUACGGACGACAUAAAAGAUGACAGUUCUAAAUUUACAGAGUUCCACACAUUUGCUGAGCCACCAAUUUCGUUCGCUGAUGAUCAUCAGCCAAACUUGCACGAGAGUUUUGGUGCUGUUGCACUUUGUUCUUCCCCUUUCCCUUCCAGUAAUCAUAGGGACUUAUAUUCAUUGCCAUACUCCAGUUUAGCCAGCUAUCAAAUCCAUGGGUUAAGUAGGCCUAAUGUAGAAAAAGAGGAAGGUAUAGACGCCACUCUCAACAACGUGCAUUUGAAUUUCUCAUCUGUACCCAAAUGUCUUAGUCAGUGCGAUAACUAUGUCGAUGACCGUGGCAUCUGUGGCUUCUUCUGUGCACAAAGUGCUAAUUGGCAUAUGAAUUAUGCGUUGGAUGACGAACACCGGUAUCCUUCUUUAGAUAGUAUGUGUGCUUCUGGCUUCGUCUUUGAUUUUGGAUGGAAAUACCUCUCAGGCUCAAAGGAGCACUGCCAAACAGCUUACCAUCUACUUGAGUACCCACUGGAUGAAAUGAGACCAACAUCCCCUGUCAAUGAAGAAUGUAAUAUUGACAGUUCAGAAUAUGGACAGCCCUUCUUCAUCCAACCCGAGUCGUUCUUUCAAGAAGGGAAGGUACGCUCUCUACUGACUGAUAAACUUAGCUGGGAUGUCACUAGAAGUGAAAUAAAUGUCGCUAUAACUGAAAUGGAUUACGUUUGACACCAGGUUCAACUCACAA